GCUCCUGCACCGCCCGGGGCGCGCUGCCCUGCACUUGCACCGCCCAGGGGUGGGCUGCCCUGCACAGCACCGUGGGCGGCCCUGCACUUAUCCCUGAAGAGGGCUAAUUUGAGCCGAGCCCCGCUGCUUCUAUCCAAGGGAUCCUGGCUCCAGGGUGGCUCGACACCAUCCCGAGGAGCUGCGCUGCUCCGGGAAUGAGCACCCGUUCCCUAGCGGGACUGGCUUGCGCCUAAGCCCGCUGCGCCCAUCGCGGAGAGCUGCCCUGCUCCUGGUGGGGGGCUGGCACCUAUCUCAGCGGACUGCCGUGCGCCCAUCCCCGGGGUCAGCACCUACCACGGGAGUGCGGGGACUGCAGCGCACCCAGCCCCGCUAUCCCCGCCUCGGGGCGGCCCCAGGCUGCCGCUUCUCCCGUCACCGCUGACCGGUUCCUGGCUCCCACCUCGUUUCAUGUUUGUGGAUAGGGAGGAAAAAUCCCAAACCAGAGGUGAGCUAUGAGAGGACAGUGAUUUCUGUAGCCUGGAGAUGGGAUCUGGCAAGGCAGCUGAAGUUCCUGAAGCAAGAGGUGCGUGGCUGAAGGUGGCUCUUCAGGGAGGAACUGAACAGUCCCAAACAGGCAUGGGGAGGGAAGGACAGGACCAGCAGGUUUGAGUGUAAGCCUUACUCUUGCUGCGUAAAUGAGUAUGGAAGAUUAUGAUUUCCUCUUCAAAAUUGUUUUAAUCGGCAACGCCGGUGUGGGGAAGACCUGCCUAGUCCGUCGCUUCACUCAGGGGCUUUUCCCACCAGGGCAAGGAGCCACGAUUGGGGUUGACUUUAUGAUUAAAACUGUGGAGAUAAACGGUGAAAAAGUAAAGCUGCAGAUCUGGGACACAGCAGGACAAGAACGAUUCCGAUCCAUCACGCAGAGUUACUAUCGCAGUGCUAACGCGUUGAUCUUGACCUACGACAUCACCUGUGAGGAAUCCUUCCGGUGCCUCCCCGAGUGGCUGCGGGAAAUUGAGCAGUAUGCCAGCAAUAAGGUCAUAACUGUGCUAGUGGGUAAUAAGAUUGAUUUAGCUGAUAAGAGGGAGGUCUCCCAGCAAAGAGCUGCAGAAUUUUCCGAAGCACAGGACAUGUACUAUCUGGAAACAUCAGCAAAAGAAUCGGAUAAUGUGGAAAAACUUUUCCUGGACUUGGCCUGCCGGUUGAUCAGCGAGGCACGACAGAACACCCUUGUGAACAAUGUCUCAUCCCCCUUACCAGGAGAGGGGAAAAGUAUCAGCUACUUGACUUGCUGUAAUUUUAAUUAAAGAGCUGACAUGUGGGCCUUGGGCCAAGAGGAUUUUUUUUUUUUUUUGGUGGGAUUUAUCUGCUUGAAAGAAUUCCUGCCAAUCUGACCCAUGUGACUUACCCUGAGUCAGGUUGCAUUCCUGAAAACAUGGCAGGCUGAUGGCUCCAACUGCAUGGCAAGGUAGCAGGGUUUAAAUUUCAUUUUUCUCGAAGUCUAUGGAGCAGGUCAGGAAAGGAGGAGUUGCACAAGUCCUUCAUGUAAUUCAGAACAUGAGCUGUUUUGUUUCCUUCUAUGGGAGAGUAGACCAGCCUCUCUUGAAGACAUUGAAGAGAUCAAAAUCAAAAUCUGUCUUACAGAACAAUGUGUUUGAUCCUUUUUAAAGUUAAAAGAAGUAAGAAAAACCCCAGCAAUUAAUGCUGACUUUGGACUACACUGGCAAUCUUCCGGGCUGUCAGUGAGUGAGCUCUUAGGACAUGUACAUAACGUCUGCCCGUCUGUCUUCAUGCAGGACUCUGGUGUUUGAAAUAGUGUUAUGUCUCUCAUCUACAGGCACUUUCAUGAACGUGGGGAAAAAAAAAGUUACGUAUAUCAACGUUUUCAAGACUGAAGAAGACACGGACACAGCUCGGUUGCUCCCUUUGGUGCUAUCAAUUCAGCAAAUAUUCCAUAGACCAAACAUAGUCUUACUACAUUACUGUUCUCUGAAUGUGUAACUUAGACUGGUUAAGAAAAAAACACUAAUAAGCACUGUUC